AGUUUUUUCUCUGCAUAAUCUGUCAUGGCGGCCAGCCACGGCCUCGAGGGCUCUCUAACUUUGGAAAGCCUACGCAAACUAUGGAAGGACGAACUCCUGAAGGAUGUUCGAAAUGAAGUUAAAGUUGCUGUUAUACAACUUAAAGAAGAAAUGAAUUUAUUUCGCAAGAAAAUCGAUGAAAUCGAGGCAUCUCAAAAAUUUCUUGCAAGUCAAUACGAUAAAGUCCUGAGUAAUCUACAAGGUACCAACCGAUCUGUCCAAGACAUGAAUGCCAAUAUACAGCAUGUAACGCAAGAUCUAAUCGAGACCAAAGAGUGGCUCGAUGAACUCGACUCUCGCCUAGACGAACAACAACAAUAUGGUCGACGGGAUUGCCUUGAGUUCGUCGGGAUACCAAAAGUCGACAACGAUGAUCCUGUCAAGCUUGUCAUCGAAACGGCAGCCUUGGCUGGAGUGGAGGUUAAAGAAGAUGACAUUUCCAUUGCACAUCGCCUAAAACCUACAAAGAAAGGGCAAGAUAGGAUAAUCGCCAAGUUCAUUAGAAGAUCCAAGCGAGACGAAGUCUAUUCUAAUCGGAAAAACCUCAAACAGAAGCGUACGAAGGAUCUACCUACAGUCCGAGAUCAGCCAGCAGAAUCCGGCGUCAGCCGAACAGCACAUAUCUUUAUAAACGAGAGUUUAACACCUUAUAGGAAGAAACUGUUUAGUCGGAUUUCUAAUUACAGACGUCAAUGCAACUUUAAAUUUAUUUGGACAGCAAAUGGAAAAAUUUGGCUUCGUGAAAGCGAAACCUCAAAUUCCAUCGGAUUUAUAUCCGACGCUGAAUUUAAUGAAUUUUUAGAUUGCCAGUCUCAACAUUACUAGAAUGGCCAACGAGGAAAUCGAGGAAAUUGUAAGUAAUCCCCUGCCUUUUAGCUCGCUUUCCGAUCAAAGAUUCAAUGUUUUUGUUGGAAACUGGUCAGGAGAUAUUGCUAACAGCAACAUGCAUAAUGACAUCUUUAAUCUACUCACUAACCCUGAUAAAUCUGAUGAAUCUGAUUCUGACCUCAUGCUCUCUAGUCCAUCUUCCGAAUACUUUUCGAUCAACAAAUUGAACAAAUUAAUCAAAAAGUCGAAUGAAGGCCCUUUCAUUCUGCACUGCAAUUCAAGGAGCCUGUCUAAGAAUUUUGACCUCCUUGAAGAUAUUUUAUAUUUAAUUGAUUCCAAGCCUCAAAUUAUUGCUGUCACUGAGACUAAACUAAAUGAUUAUUCUGUCAAGAACAUAAAUUUUAAAAAUUACAAUUUUUUUCACAAUGACUCUAAAACCAAUGCUGGUGGCUCUGCCUUAUAUAUUAACAAUUCUUUAAAUGCUAUACCCCGUGAAGAUAUAAAACUUACCUUACAAUUCCUUCAUAGAACAACUGAAAUUGCAUUUAUUAAAUAAUCAGAAUUAAUAUUGAUCCACCCUGGCCAGAUUUACUUUUCCUCACUCUAAAA